AUGAAGGAUAUAGUUCAACUUUGGGGCCGUGUUACGGGAAGACCGUAUGCUGUGAAUACGGAGCGGGAAUUAAGGGACUUUACAAAUAACAGAUUGAAAAAUAUCGAGUCAGUGAAUUUUGAAGCAAACUUUUCGGAGUGUGAGGACUUGAAUAAAUACGAUGAGUUGGACUUUAAUGAACGGAAGGAUGCCAUUAUUAACAGAUUGUUCGAGAGGCGAAAGAAAGGGCGUAUUACACGACAGCCGAAACGUAAGUUAUUAUAA